GACGGCACGCGCCCGCCCGGCUCCGCCCGCCCCCGUGACCGGCCGCGCCUCAGCUUCCAUCGCACCUCGCCCGCAGCCCGCGGAGCUCCGCCUGACCUCCGCCGCAUCGCGGGAGGUCAGCUUUCAGGUCAGCUUUCAAGGUGAGGCACCUCAGCCGAGGUCACGACCUCGCCAGACGGCGGCCAUGGCGACCAUUUACGCCGUGGUGAGCCCGCACAGCAAGAUCCACAUCAAGACGGAGGUGCUGAGCCCGCACAGCACCACGCGCACGCCCACCCCGCAGCGGCCGUUGCGACCCAUCAACAAGGACGGCGAGCCGGGUAAGGCGCGCCGCCAGCUCGCCAUGAACCUCAACAAGGGCGGCCCGGUGAUCAACAACCGGCGCAACGCGCGCGAGCGCAACCGCGUCAAACAGGUCAACCAGGGCUUCGCCGUGCUGCGCGCGCACCUCCCGGCGGCGCCGAAGAGCAAGAAGAUCAGCAAGGUGGACACGCUGCGCGGCGCCAUCGACUACAUCCAGGGCCUGAGCGA